CUCAGAUGGAUCGCCGGACACGAAGGUGUCGACGGCAAUGAACAGGCUGACCUGGAAGCCAAGGCGGCCGCGAGCUCGCCGCGCCAAUCCAGCAACCCAAGAGAGCUCCCUACCUUCCUGCGCCGGAAGACCCUCCCGCGCAGUGCGGCCGCACUAAAGCAAGACUACAGAACUGUGCUAUAUGAACGAUGGAAGGAGCAAUGGCUCCAGUCGGCGAGGAGCCGCCACCUCGUCGAAAUAGACUCCUCUCUCCCCUCAGGAAAAUAC